AUGGCGGCCCUCUCGGCCGCGAGGGCGGUGUGGAAGGCGGCCAACGGACAAAAAGGAUUGAUAGCGGCGCGCGGAGGGCGGCGUUGCCGCGCCACCCGGGCGCCGUGGGAAGCCGGCUGCGGCCACACCUGUGCGUGCGUGCUGGGAGACGCGGCAACGCCGCGCCCGCCCCAGCCAAUGGGCGCGCGCCCCGGCCCUGGCGUGGCGACGCUGAGCUGCACGGACUGCUCGGCUUCGUCAUCCAGCAGCGGCACCAGUGAUAUAACAGAGCCUUGCUCGCCGUACAGCCCCGCCUCCUCCACACACUCGUCCUCUAACUCGGAGAGUGGUGACGACCAGCUCCAGCAGCAGAGGAGGCAGCAACAGCAUCCGCAGAACCAACGCACCUGGUCUACAGCCUCGCAGAUGGCUCCCAAUGUGCCUUCAGAGGGUGAGCGGGAGCGAGACUCGGGUCCCUGGUCUUGGGCCGGGGGCAACGCCGAGGAGGAAGAACGUGGCCCGCCACCGCCCCCGCCUCCACUGUUGGCCGCCCCCGCACCGGCCACCACCGUCGUACACCGGCGUUCCACCACGUCCGUGGCUGCCUCCCGGUCGCCCUCGCCCUCGCACAAACGCCUGAAGGUGGAGCUCCAUCACACUCCUCUCCUGCACGGCAAACGCUGCUGCAAAGCGGCAGCUGUAGCUGCUCGUCAGCAGGGCAAGAUCACGGAGUACUUCAAGACGCAGGCCAAACCUGUAAAUGGUGCCAAGAAGGAACUGGUGGCACUGGCCGCAAAAGCGGGUGCCGUGACAAUGUCCCGGAGAGUGACCGACGCUCGUGAGGGACGCAAGGGUGUCCUAGAAGAGGCGUCGGGUCCCGUGGGGGCAGCGUGCCGGCGCGUGUCUUCCUCUGCACAGAAGUUGAACUCUCUACUGGGACCCGCCACCACCCCUUCCUGCGGAAUCCCCAGCGCGUCCCCGACGGUGGAUUGUAGUGGGUCCACAGUGACCUCGCCACCUCUAGAGACGGAAGCCCCGUCUGUUGCAGAUGGCAACAGUCUUCACCUAGUCGUCUCACCGUCUGGUCCCACGUCCUGCUCCAAACCGUCACUAUCUUCACCUAUCCUCUCUGUGCCCAGGACUAUACGUUUCCCAGCAGCAGAGUGCAGCAAGGCACCCACUCAACUGGAUGCACAGGAUGCCGUAGUUUGCCAGUGGUCGGACUGUGAUGUUCAGUUUGAAACGAGCACUGCUCUGCUCGAACACUUGCAGACGACACUAGAGCGGCACGUCAAUAGCCACUUCAACCAGACAGAAUCGAGUGGCAGUGGCGGUAGUGCGCGACGUACUCCGGAAAAUGUGAGCAAUAAACUCUUCCGGCGCAAUGGGAAGAAGUUACGCUAUCGACGACAACCUUGGUCAGCUCGCAUGUUUGACUAUUUUGACUCUGGAAUCAUGGAGGGUCUACAGCAUCGGCUUCUGAAUGUAACUGAGAAGAUAACUCAUGGAAAUGUUGAAACGGCUCCAGCAAAUGCUGUUUUCCUUCAGAGCAAGGUGCUGGCGCGGCGGGUGGAGCUCGACGGCAAGACGAAGGUGCUGCUCAGGUGGUUCCCAGAGCACAUCAUUCCGGAUGAGUGGGUGCCAGAAGCAGAUGCGCGGCCUUCGAGAACUGUUCCGAUUCCUGGGUUGCCGAGUACUUCACUGGAGUCACUGCAUACGGUCCUCUUCUCUAAACCUAAUUCUUCACGGAAGAACCGUCGCAAACAGACGAGGACGACGUGAUGACCGCUUGUCACAUUGUUAGACCGAUUGUAAUUUGCUGUGCCUGUCAUGGAAGCAGAAGUGAACUGUUGGACUGUUAGUGUAAUUAAGAAACUGAUUAACUACGGAGACACUUGCUUGCUGAUUUCCUUCUACCUCAUACUGCUAUUUUUUCCUCGUCAUCUUUCUUAUUACGUACAUGUUAUGCUUACUUUGUCUCUCUAACGGUUGCCUGUUGCUUAUGUUACGGGUAUCUCUUUUUAGAAAAAAUAGUUCUCAAAUGGUUUAUUUGUUUGUCAAAUUAAUAAACAACAAAUUUAGUGAAAUUUUUGAAAGAGAGUAAUGUCUUCAUUUGGGUUGUGUGAAGAUUAGGAGGAAAUCGACAGGCAUAAAAAGGAGCUGCUUCGGCUAGCGUCGAAUGGUAGUCUUAUGAUCUCUUGCACCGAAUCGUAUAUAUUGUAAAAAAGAAGGGGGUGGAGGAAAAUCUCAAAUGCCCUACAAAUCCAAAGUAAACUAAUAUUUGAAACUAAAAGGGAGUCAGUGUGUGUAAUGAAAAGACGAGGAAAGCACUGUGUGAAUGGGGCCAUCAGUAAUGAUAGGAUUUUGUUACUGAACAGUAGCUUUCUCUCUUUUUUUUUUU